UUGAAAACUUAAAAUAGUCCUUUGGAGAUCCACGCACCUGGCAGCCUGCAAAUGCACGAUUCCAUUUAGCAGUGAAACUUCGGAGAAACCUGAAGACGAUCAUUUUACUCAAACUUCUCAGAGCCGUCUUCAUUACCAUUUGGUUAUAUAAAAACCUUCUCUAACUCCAUUCCCAUUUCCCAUGUUAACAAACACAGACUCAUCACCUGCUUUUGUCUUCCUAUUUCCUUAAAAAAACAUAAAAAUGUCCCUACAACUACAAAUCAUGUCCCAAUCUGAUUUGGCUCUCUUGGACUCCAUUCGUCGACAUCUUCUAGACGAUGAUUUUGGUACUUCCACUCUUCCUUUCUAUCCUUCCCCACCACCACCGCCGCCGCCGCCCCCCCCACAACCACUCACAUUCACCAACCACCACUCUCAUCCGCUCCUCCUCCAGGGUUCGGCCGAAACAGCAGGAACCGUUUCCCAUUUGGAACCCGAGCAUCGGGACUCCGAAACCCGAACCCAGGUCCGGCAUUUCAGGGGAGUGAGGCGGCGGCCUUGGGGAAAAUACGCGGCGGAGAUAAGGGAUCCGAAGAAGAACGGCGCCAGACUGUGGCUUGGGACUUAUGAGUCGGCUGAGGAUGCCGCUUUGGCUUAUGACCGAGCCGCUUUUAAGAUGCGUGGCUCUAAGGCGAAGCUUAAUUUUCCUCACCUCAUUGGCUCCAGUGAUUCGGAGCCGGAUCGGGUUGCUAAGAAGCGCGGGUCUCCGGAGCCGUCGCUGUUGUUCUCUUCGUCUGUGUCCGAAGAUGGAUCUGUGAGGUCCAAACGGAGAAGGAAUAACAAUAAAGUUGGAUCUACGACUGACUCUGAGUUGGAACAUGCGCAUUGGUUAGAUGUGUUCCAAGUGAACAAGCUGACAUUUGGCAGCCAUUUAUUGGUUGAUGAUCAUAAAUCUGUGACCAUCUGACCGAACCAGUGUCCAUCGUUUUUGAGAAUUUGUAGAUUAUUAAUUAUUGAAUCUGACUCAAAAAAAUAAAAUAAAAUUAAAAAUUGUUAUUCCA